AUGGCGUCGAGGAUUCUCGAAACGGGUAGCACCCGUCUGAUUCGUGACACCGCAGUCAACCAACUUGCCGACUGGCAAAAGCAGCAUCCUGAUGAGCUUUUCAACCUUCUUUCCAGAGUCGUCCCUUAUCUUCGACACAAGGAUUGGGAGACGCGUUCAACAGCGGCCAAAGCGAUAGGCAAGAUCAUCGAGAAUGCGCCCUUGUACGACCCGAAUGAGGAUGAGGACGCUGCGCCAGUCAAGAAGGACGAGCCCGAGGAGAACGGUCACGUUAAGAAGGAAGAAGAAAAGGAGGCCCUGUCCUUCUCUUCCGACGAGCUUCUCAAGCUGGAGUCGUUGAAUGUAGAGCACAUUAUCAAGUAUGGCCGCCAGCUUCUGAGAGGUGGCAAUAUUGAGUAUGCUUUGGCCUCAUUAGACCCUCCUGCACGACUUGCCCACCAGAAGAAAACGCUCAAUGGACGACUCGGUCUACUCGGCAGGGUGUUCGAGGACGCUGAGAUGCCCGAUUCAGCAAAUGGCCAUAACGGAAACAAGGAGAGCGCCACCCCUCACGGGCCCAACCAGCCGGCAGAGGAGUCGGGUCUGAGUUCGAGACAGCUCAACGUCCUCAAGAGGAAACGCAAGAGAGAGCUGCAAAAGGCGGCACAGGGGAAGGGCGGGUUUGGAGAUCUGACCAUGAGAAGGACAACGACAGCAGGUUCCGAGGGAUUCGACGAAACGCCAAUGGCAGACGCCGACUCGAAGCAGAAGAACGGAAAAGUGAACGACUACUUCAAUCUGGAUAGGCCGACAGAUGUUGAUGAAGACUCGAAGGUUGUCAGCGAGUUCAAGGGACAAGUGAUACCGAUCAAAUCUGAGAUUGAGGUAGACGAAACCAUGGAGGGCGCCGAGUGGCCGUAUGACCGGCUGUGCGAUUUCCUAAAGGUUGACCUGUUCGACCCCUCCUGGGAGACUCGGCAUGGAGCCGCGAUGGGCAUUCGAGAGGUCAUCCGUGUUCACGGAGGUGGAGCUGGCAGAAUACGCUCCAAGUCACGGGCGGAAAACGAUCGGUUGAAUCAAGCUUGGCUGGACGACCUGGCCUGUCGACUAUGCUGCGUCCUGAUGCUGGACAGAUUUACCGAUUAUAGUUCGGACACGUCUGUCGCCCCAAUUCGCGAAACCAUCGGCCAGUCUCUUGGCUCAGUUCUGCGACACAUUCCCGCAGAGUCAGUCCAUGGCAUCUACAAGAUCCUUUAUUCCAUGGUUAUGCAGGACGAUCUGCACCUUGAUAUGCUCCAGUGGUCAGUUUGUCACGGCGGCAUGGUCGGCCUGAGAUACGUCGUGGCGGUACGGAAGGACCUGCUCCUUGAGGACAAUGAGAUGAUCGAUGGAGUUAUCCGUCUAGUCAUGAAAGGACUGGAAGAACACGACGACGACGUGAGGUCAGUGAGUGCCGCGACACUAUUACCUAUGGCAAAGGAGUUCGUCACCCUGCGACCCGGAUCCAUUGACGGUCUCAUCAACAUUAUGUGGGGAAGUCUUGCCGAUCUGGGAGAUGACUUGAGCGCCAGUACUGGCAAGAUCAUGGAUCUUCUCGCGACACUCUGCAGUUACCCCGAGGUGCUACAGGCCAUGGAGACCUCCGCCGCCCAAGACGAAGAGCGCUCUUUCACCUUGUUGGUACCGCGUCUGUAUCCCUUCCUUCGACACACCAUCACCUCUGUUCGCCUAGCCGUGCUGAAGGCUCUCAUGACCUUUGCCAAUUUGGGCGCCGAAAACUCGCGAGGAUGGCUCAAUGGAAGGAUUCUGCGCCUAAUCUUCCAGAACAUCCUUGUCGAACGGGAUAGAGAAACACUGGCCAUGUCUUUGGAUGUCUGGACUGCCUUGGUUCGCUCACUUUCCAAGACGCCUGAGAUCUUAGCCGAUGAGUUCGCCGCUCACGUGGAGCCUUUGAUGAAGCUUACACUUCACCCGAUCGGCGUGUCACGGCAUCCCUUACCCAUGCCCGCCCACCUUUUCCAAAAGCCCUCAGGCGGCACGUAUGCGCCUGUUGUAGCAACGCCCGCGCGAAAGGCAUCUUCUCCCGAAGGACCCGAGAGAGCGACUAAGCGUCGUCGCAAAUCUGCGAAGACGGAUGACGUCCCUGUCACCUCUCAUACACAUGACGUUGACGGCCACAUGAUCCAAGGAGACGUGGACCUAGUUGGCAUGGACACUCUGAUUCGGUCGCGCGUUUCGGCAGCCAAGGCCAUGGGCUUGGUUAUGUCCUUCGUUCCCUCCUCGCACCUCGCUGAGUACGACCAGCUUCUCCUCGCUGGUCUAUCCGACAAGGCGUCUUCCACACAGCUCACAGCUUGCAUGGUUGUUGACGAGUAUGCCAAGAACGGGCCCGUGACUGAGGGUGCACAAAGAUUCGCGGCGCCCCUGCAAAAGAUUAUUGAGACGGAACGUCCUGGUCAUUACAGCGACCUCGUCAGCUAUAUGCACAGGGUACGGUCGCAAUGCCAACAACUCCUCAACAUGUUCCGCGAUCACGGCAAGGUAUCGAGCGGACGGCUUCCGACACUUGCCGUUCUUGUUCAAGGCGACGAGCAAGCAGGCCCUGGCGCCUUCUCCAUCGCUGUCGCGGAUAAGGUCGUUGGCGAAGACUUUGACAAGCUCAAGAAGGUCAUGUCGCCAGGACAGCGUUUGGUCGCCAGCCAGAUGCUCAGUGAAGCCAGGGAAGUGGCUGUCUCGGCGAUUUCUGAUGCAAAGGCAGCCAAGGACUCCCGAGAUGUACGCAUCAGAGCCGGCGCGGCUUGCGCAUUGGUUGCGAUCAAGGCUUUGCCUAAGAAGCCCAGUCCGUUGAUCAAAGGUAUUAUGGACAGCAUCAAGACGGAAGAGAAUCAGGAGCUCCAAAGUCGGGCCUCUGCUACCAUUGCGAGACUCGUCCAAGUGUUCAACGAGAUGGGCCGUCGUGGACCAGCCGACAAGGUUGUUUCGAACUUGAUCAAGUUCUCUUGCGUCGAGGUUGCAGAGACCCCCGAGUUCCCCGUUCACGCCAGCAAGACAGACUGCGUGCUUUCAAUGCAGAAAGAAGAGGACCGAGUCGACCACGCAGACGCCGCCAAGUGGGCAAAGGAAGUCAAGGCAGCUCGCAUCACCCGCCGGGGAGCCAAGGAGGCUUUGGAGAUACUGGCUCAGACCUAUGGCGCAGAUCUCCUCACUGCUGUACCUACGAUCAGGGUCUUUAUGGAAGAUCCUCUUGUCAAAGCAUUCUCUGGUCCCUUACCGGCAGAGGCAAGGGAUCCCGAGAACAACUUCGGCCAAGAAAUCGUCGACGCCUUGUCCCUCAUCCGGACUCUCAUGCCAACUCUCGACAAAGCCAUCCACCCCUUCAUCAUGGAGAAGGUGCCGUUGGUUAUCAAGGCCUUGCACUCGGAGCUGUCCGUCUUCCGCUACAUGGCCGCGAAGUGCAUGGCCACCAUUUGUAGCGUCAUCACAGUCGAGGGCAUGACAGCGCUCGUCGAGAACGUCUUGCCAUCCAUCAGCAACCCCGUUGACCUCAACUUCCGCCAAGGUGCUAUCGAGGCCAUCUACCACUUGAUUGCAGUCAUGGGUGAUGCCAUUCUUCCUUAUGUCAUUUUCCUUAUCGUUCCCGUGCUGGGCCGCAUGAGCGACUCGGAUAACGAGAUCCGUCUAAUUGCGACAACCUCAUUUGCCACUCUCGUCAAGCUUGUGCCCCUCGAGGCCGGCAUCCCCGACCCCCCUGGUCUGUCGGAAGAGUUGCUCAAGGGCAGAGAUCGCGAAAGAACCUUUAUCUCACAACUCCUGGACCCGAAGAAGGUGGAAUCGUUCCAAAUCCCUGUUGCAAUCAAGGCAGAACUUCGCUCAUACCAGCAAGAGGGUGUUAACUGGCUACACUUCCUCAACAAAUACCACUUGCACGGCAUCCUUUGCGAUGACAUGGGUCUUGGAAAGACGCUGCAAACCAUUUGCAUGGUUGCCAGCGACCAUCAUCAGCGUGCGGAAGAGUUCGCGAAGACGGGUGCGCCCGACGUUCGACGCCUCCCGUCUCUGGUUGUUUGUCCUCCCACGCUGUCCGGUCAUUGGCAGCAGGAAAUCAAGACUUACGCUCCCUUCCUCAGCGUUACGGCUUACGUUGGCCCGCCUGCUGAGAGGAAGUCUAUGAAGGACAGCCUGGACAAAACCGAUAUCGUCGUCACCAGCUACGACGUGUGCCGAAACGACGCGGAAGUCCUCGCGAAGUACAACUGGAACUACGUCAUUCUGGACGAGGGACACUUGAUCAAGAAUCCCAAGGCAAAGAUUACGAUAGCUGUCAAGAAGUUGGCAAGCAAUCACCGGCUGAUUCUGACCGGCACGCCCAUCCAGAACAACGUCUUGGAGCUGUGGUCUCUCUUCGACUUCCUGAUGCCUGGCUUUCUUGGUGCCGAAAAGGUUUUUCUGGACAGAUUCGCCAAGCCCAUCGCCGCAAGUCGCUUCAGCAAGGCGUCAUCAAAGGAACAGGAAGCAGGUGCCUUGGCUAUCGAAGCCCUCCACAAGCAGGUCCUUCCUUUCCUGCUGCGACGUCUCAAGGAGGAGGUGCUCGAUGACCUGCCGCCCAAAAUCUUGCAGAACUACUACUGCGAUUUGAGCGACCUUCAGAAGAAGCUUUUCGACGAUUUUACCAGGAAGCAAGGCAAGAAGCUGCAAGAGGAGGCUGGUCGCGAAGACAAGGAUGCAAAGUCACACAUCUUCCAGGCACUGCAGUACAUGCGGAAGCUCUGCAAUUCCCCCGCCAUGGUAAUGAAGCCUGGUCACGGCAUGUACGAUGAGACUCAACGCAUCCUUAGCAAGCAGGGAACCAGUCUCGAGGAUCCUGUCCACGCUCCCAAGUUGACCGCUCUGAGAGACCUGCUCGUCGACUGCGGCAUUGGCGUGGAAGAAGCCGAGUCAAACGACCCGUUGUACCAGCCGAUCAAGCCGCAUCGAGCUCUCGUAUUCUGUCAGAUGAAGGAGAUGCUGGACAUGGUUCAGAACACGGUCCUGAAGAGCAUGCUGCCUGGCGUCACAUACCUUCGUCUGGAUGGUGGGGUUGAAGCCAACAAGAGACAAGACAUUGUCAACAAGUUCAACAGCGAUCCGUCAUACGAUGUUUUGCUUCUUACCACCAGUGUCGGAGGUCUGGGUCUCAACCUUACUGGCGCCGACACUGUCAUCUUCGUCGAACACGACUGGAACCCCCAGAAGGAUAUGCAGGCCAUGGACCGCGCUCACCGAAUUGGCCAGAAGAAGGUUGUCAACGUAUACCGUCUGGUUACCAGAGGCACACUUGAGGAGAAGAUUCUUAGCCUGCAGCGCUUCAAGAUCGACGUUGCCUCGACGGUCGUCAACCAACAAAACGCUGGCCUAGCCACAAUGGAUACGGAUCAGAUUCUCGACCUCUUCAAUUUGGGAGACACAGGACCCAGUCUCAUAUCGGAGAAACCACAAAACGCGAUGGAGGGACGAGAAGAAGACAUGGUGGACAUUGAAACGGGUGACGUUGUUACGAGCAAACAACCUGGCAAGAAGGCUUGGCUCGACGAUUUAGGCGAUCUCUGGGACAACCGCCAAUAUGAGGAGAGUUUCGAUCUCGAUGGUUUCUUGAAGACCAUGCAGUAA